AUGGGCAUGAGCCUUGAUGGAAUGGUCCUCAGUGCAGAUCUUGGUGGUAGUAGCAAAUAUUCAAAUGUCUGGGAUUUCCUUGAUACUGGAGGUGAGAAAUUACUUUUGGAAGCUUGGACACCUAGUCUAGAAGAUUUUAACUUAAGUGAGAAAUCACCUAUCCAGUGUACGCUUAACAACCAGCUUAGAACUGACACGGACAAGGGAAUCUGA